AUGGGAGUUGAGAGCUCGCGAAUUCACCGUCCCAAUACUCUUAACGAUGAUGAAAGUUGGUCUUUGUUCUCCAAGUUUGCAUUUUCUUCAAGCAGUGGAAUAUGCCCGGAUGACCAGUUUGAAAAUCUUGGAAAGGAACUCUUGAAGAAAUGCGGCGGACUGCCACUAGCAAUCAAGACCGUAGGAUCCUUAUUAGCAUCAAAGAUCAACUCCCCUUCCCAGUGGAGAGACAUUCUUGAAAGUUUCCAUGCCUUAACAACAGAGGGAAAAGCUAGUCCAGUUAUGGCUUCUUUGCGGUUGAGCUAUGAUGAACUCCCGCCUUUUCUGAAACAAUGCAUGUUGUGUUUCUCCAUCUACCGUGAAGACGCUGAGAUAAGUGCUGAUCAGUUAAUUCACUGGUGGGUGGGAGAGGGCCUGGUUCAGGGAAAAGGCUCAAAAACAGCAGUAGAAGUGGGAUGUGAAUAUCUUGCAGAACUUAUCAGCAGAUGCCUGGUUGAAAUCGUGGAGCGGCGAGGCUUUGAUGGGAAAGUCUAUGAGUGCAAGAUACAUGAUAUGGUGAGAGAAAUGAUAAUCAUGAUUGCGGAGGAGGAGGGGUUUUGCAGUUUCAACGAACAAAGCAGGCAGAAGUUGACAGCAAAUUCUCGGUGGUUAAGUUUUAUUGAUGAAAUGGAUGAAAAAUCGUUGAAAUAUAGUUCAAAGCUCAGGGCAAUGUUACUGAUGUCAUGCCGCCGAUUUGAGUUUGACAGGAUUUCGGGGUUCCUGCGAUCUCUGAGAAUGUUGGAUUUAUCAAACUGCGCAGUGGAUGAGACAUGUGUGAAGGAUCUCUUCAACUGGAUCAGUUCCCUUAGGCGCCUAGCAUCUUUGAACUUGAGUGGUAUUCAAGCCUUAAAAGAAGUGCCAUCCCCGAUUCAUAAACUCCUCAACCUCCAACUGUUGAUUUUAAAUCGGUGCAACCAUCUAGAAAAGAUACACCCAUCAAUCACAAAUUUGAAGAAGCUGAUUAUCUUGGACCUUGUGGGGUGUCCCAUCCAGUACUUGCCUCAGGGAUUAGGAAGGCUGUUUUAUCUUCAAGAACUCUCCGGAUUCAGGGUUGUGAGUCAGCAUAGAAAGCAAUGUUUCCAGCUUCUUGAGAUUAAGGACCUGAUCCACCUAAGAGUACUGCGAAUGCAUAUAAGUGAUGUCACCAUAAUCACAGACAACGAACUUGAUGUCUUAUCUCAGCUUAAAAUGCUCAAGGUUCUAGCUAUUGAUGCGGAAGAUUGUAGAGAGAAAGAUGUUUUCGAAAUGCUAGAUAAGCUGACCCCUCCUCCAAGCCUCCAAGAGCUAUAUCUGAAGAAUUACCAACGAGAAACUCUCCCCAGCUGGGUCAAUCCCCAACAGCUUUCUAGAUUGAAAUAUCUUUGUAUUGAGAAUAGUGACCUUGUCAAUCUAAGCAGUGGUCACCCCGCUUGGAAAGUCGAAGGUCUGUGUUUGAAGUACUUGAUGAAGCUAGACAUACAGUGGAAGGACUUGGAGAAGGAUAUGCCUGCACUACGCUACAUGGAUAUUAGCCAUUGCUACAAGCUGAAAGAUUUCCCUUGCUCUGUUAUCGAAUCCGACAGCUGGAGAAAGAAUCAAGAUUAA